AUGGAGUUAAACGAAUUAGAUACGGGCAGGAAUGGCAAUACGCCUGCUGAGACAGUAUCCACUGGACCUGGUUCAAAUGUUCUCCCAAAUGAUGUUCUAAAUUCUAAUUCUGUGGAUCCAUCCCUGUCUUUCAAUUCUACUUUGCCAGCAAACAAGGAAGUUCGAAUCCAGUUGGCUUUGCAAUACUGUAAGCAACAACAGCAAAGAGAGCUGAAAUCGCAAUCCACUUCUAUUGGGGACAGCCCUAAGUAUAGUGGAGAUGCUCCUAUCGCCCACAGCAGACCGAAGCAGUCUUUAAGACAAAUUGCGAUGUUCUUUCAAAUCCCUAAAUCAACAUUGUACGAUAGGCUCAAAAAUAGCAAGAAAAGGGUUUCGAGGGAUGACAUUGAUUCGGUUUCAGGUAAUGCAUCAAGUUUCGUAAGCGCAGUUGGUGCGAUGCCAAAUGAUGGGGGGAAACGUCGUUCGGGUUCACUAACGAGUCCAAACACGGCAAGUCAUCUGAUACAGAUGAAGCUGGAUCCUGCCCUAGAAGAGGAGCUCUUUCUCUAUUUAAGGAAAGUUUGUCUUGCAUAUGGGAAUUUACCGAACUUGGUGCAGCUAAAGUAUCUCAUCUCUCAAGAAGUAAAGCAUAUUACACUGGGCCGGAAAUGGGUAUCCAAUUUCAUUAAGAGACACAACAGUAGAAUUAUAUACGGCUGGGACGUGUAUCACAACCCCAUCAAGUUUGAGGAUUUUAAAAAAUGGAAGAAUCAGUUUACAUUCUUAUGGAUAUGGUUUGAGCCGCUCCUUCAAAAUACUAUAAGAAAAUGCGUAAAUGAUGGACAUGCUUUCUACUAUUUGAUUAGAGUCCCAAUCUCAUAUGAACUACUGGGAAGCUGUUUCCUUUGCUUCAAGGUCAGCUCAGAUUUCAAGUUUUCUCUUGUAUUUGUACCAGAAGUCAUUACCUUCAGGGACAACAGUUCGAACAUGUUACAUAAGGAAGAGCGUGUCAAGAUUUUAAACCGAACAUUACACAGUUUCUGCCAGCGCAUUCCUUCUGAUACGAAACUCAUUAUCUUCGAGGGCUUCGAUGAACAGUACCGCUGGGAGCUAGAAUCCUGCGUUCAACUGGUAAAUAUUGAUAAUUUCGUUGCAUUGCCUUGGGGCAAACACAUACUCAUGCGAUUGAUAGAUUUUGGCCCGGAGCUCCUCAGUAUGAAUGGCCCCAAUAACAUUAAGCUGUCUUGGGAAGAAAACAGAUCUAGCUGGCCCGAUAUCGAAACGGACUUAAAAGUUUUUAUGACAGUUUCUACUGAUACCUCUUCAACAGCCGCCCAGCUUGGGAUUCCCUCGUUACCCGACUUUAGCCCAACAGCCAAUAAAUCCAUGGAUAUAGAAAUAAAUGCAGCUGCUAGUGACGAUGAAGAUCACCACCAACAGCAUCGAGCUAGCGGGGCCGCAAAUGUGGGUGUCACACUAAUGGGACAGUCUAACGACCAUAACCCAUCGACUGCUGCGGCCGCCGUCGCUGCAGCGGCCGCAACCAACGCACAGAAGCAAACCAGUCCUAGUUCUUCACAUCUCCAAGAACAACUUAAAUCUAUUGUAACUGUAAUAGAUGAACACGAGCGCCAACUUUAUAACAGCAUGGCCAGUCAGUCCUCCAAAGUUCUUCUCAACACGAUCUUUAACCGCCUUCGUGAAGUCGUAGGAGAUGAUCCAAUACGAUAA